AUGGCUCUGCAUACAGCGGUCUUCGUUUUGGUAUGCUUUAUCUUACAUACAAAUUUUGUAUCCAGUGAUUGUAUUUGGUAUGGUAUUUGCAAUUUUUCUGAUCCUGCACACCCAAGAUAUUGUUCAUACAAUGGUACUGCAAAAGCGUUAAGUAAUGAUGGUCUCAAAAUACUCUCCAGUCUUUGUCCUAAUUAUGCUGUGGGCAGUGCAAAAGUUUGUUGUAAUGAAGAACAACUGACGUAUUUUUCAAACUCUGCUUCACUUGCUGCUGCGUUAUUAAAAAGAUGUCCAGCAUGUUUUGCUAAUUUUCGACUACUGUUUUGUGCUAUGACAUGUGAUCCAAAUCAAGCAGAAUUUAUUACACCUGUUAUUCAAGAGAAAUUAGUUGAUUCUAUUACUUAUACAUUAACUGAUCAUGUGGCUGAUACAUUUUUCAAUAGUUGCAAGGAUGUUACAUUCGGUAAUGGUCGUGCAAUAAGUUUAAUGUGUGGUACCGAUAAGUGUACACGUCAAUUAUUAUUAGAUAAUAUUGGUAAAUCAACUGAUGGUGGUCAGAGUCCAUUCGAUAUACGAUUUAAUGUUGUUCCUAGUGUCAAUUUAUCAAUGUAUACAAAUUCUUCUUCAACUAUUCGACCAUUUGAUACGAUAGUUUAUCAAUGUAAUCAACGUGUACCAAAACGUGCCGAUGAUGUUGGUGGUCCAGCAUGUUCAUGUAUGGAUUGUUCCAGUGCAUGUUCAUCGGGACCGCCGGAUUUACCGCCACAACCUAGUGAACCGAUAGAAAUAUUUGGUAUCAGUGUUUGGCUAUUCAGUGGUUACAUCAUUUUCUCAAUAUUAACAAUCAUUUUUGGUACAUAUCAAAUUGCAAAACUUGUUGUUUAUGGUCAGAAUCACGUAACAACAACAACAACACCAACAACUAAUCGUAGUCGUUGUUGUACUCGUACAUCUCAAUCAGAUACAGAACAUCUUAUACGUCAACCAGAAGAAAUACAGCAUGAAAGAAGUCAGCCAGAAGGAAGAAUUUGUUUAUUGGCCUAUUUAACAGCAUAUUUUGAUAAAAUAAUGACAAAGAUGUUUUCAUCACAUGGAAGAAUGAUUGCUCGUCAUCCAUUAAUGGUAUUAUUGAUUUCAUUGGGUAUAAUACUUGCACUUGCUGGUGGUCUAGCUUUUCUACAAGUUACUACUAAUCCAGUGGAAUUAUGGUCUGGUGAGGAAUCACGUUCUAGACUAGAGAAAAAUUAUUUUGAUCAACAAUUUGGGGCAUUUUAUCGAAUUGAACAAAUCAUUCUACGUCCUAAGAAUACUUCAAAUUUCACGCAUAAAGCAUUAGGUGACGCUUCAGGUGAUGCGUUAUUUGGUGCUGGACUUAAUAAAACUUUUCUAUUGAGAGCAGUGGAUUUACAAAAUCGUAUUCAAUCUAUUGAAGUUUAUUAUGAAGCGGAAAAUAAAUCGAUACAUUUAUCUGAUCUAUGUUUUCAACCAUUAAAACCAGAUAAUCAUGGUUGUGCUAUCACUAGUCCAAUUGAAUAUUUUCAAAAUAAUAUGACUUUAUUUAAUACAGUUCGUAACGAUGAUUUUGGCCAGUUGAUCAAUGAUUACUUAGAUCAUUUGUUAUUUUGUACUGAAGCUCCAUUAUCUACUAGUGGAUCUCCAUUAGAUCCAACUGCUGGAUGUCUUUCAUCAUCUGGAAUGCCAGUGUUACCACAAGUUGCAUUUGGCAGUUUUAAUGCAUCAUUUUACAAUGGAUCUGUUGCUGUGGUGUUAACAUUUCUUCUCAACAAUAAUCCUGAUCCGAAAUCAAUACAAGUGCAAAAAGCUAAAUUAUGGGAAUCAAAAUAUUUACAAUUAAUUCAUGAAUGGAAAUUGAAUAAUACAGAAAUUAUUGUUAGUUUUUCAGCUGAACGUUCCGUUGAAGAUGAAAUAGAACGUCAAUCUAAUUCUGAUAUCAGUACUAUAGCUAUCAGUUAUAUGGUUAUGUUUGUAUAUGUCAGUUUAUUUCUUGGAACAUAUCGAAGUUGUAAAACAAUACUUAUCGAUAUGCGUAUCACUCUCGGGUUCGCUGGUAUACUCAUUGUGUUAGCUUCAGUUUUAGCAUCUGUUGGAUUUUGGAGUUAUUUUAAAUUACCUAUAACUUUAAUUAUUGUUGAAGUUAUACCAUUUUUAGUAUUAGCUAUUGGUGUUGAUAAUAUUUUCAUAUUAGUACAUGAAUUUGAAUAUGGUGGUGGUGAUCGCCGCCGUCGUAAUGAAUCAUCAACAUUGAUUACAAAUAUCAAUUUAUUAAAACCAUAUUUACAUCGAUUAAAUUGUGAUGAAAAGCAUUUUAAAACUGAAACGUUGUAUGAUUCCAAUGGUGGUGGUGGUGAUUCCAUGUUGAAUUUAACACAAAAUGAACAACAACCAGAUCAAUUGAAACAUUUAAAUGAAGCUAUUAAACUGUUAGUGGAAGAUAGAAUAGCUGAAUCAGUUGGUAAUGUUGGACCAUCGAUUUUAUUAACUGGUCUAGCCGAGAGUGUUGCAUUCUUUUGUGGCGCACUGACUACCAUGCCAGCUGUUCGUGUCUUUGCAUUAUAUGCAGCUAUGGCUAUUGUGUUUAAUUUUCUAUUGCAAAUAUUUGCAUUCAUUGCAUUGCUUACAUUGGAUGGGCGUAGAUAUGUGGCUCGUCGUUUCGAUGUUCUUUAUUGUUUAAAACUUCAUCAUGAAUUUGAUCAAUUAAAACAAACAAUUCAACAAUCCAAUUUAUCUAAUUCUAAUAAUAAUAAUAAUAAUAAUAAUAAUAAUAAUUAUCCUACAUUAACCAAUCAUACUAAUCAAAAUAAUUUAACAGCAACAUCAGCAACAACCAAUCAAAAUCAUCGAAAACUUUUAGCAUCCGAUAAUGACUCAUCUUUAUCGCUUAGUUCUACAGCAAUGGAUGAUAUGGAUGAGAAUAUACAUGAAAUUGAUUUAGCUGAAUCGCGUCCACAACGAUCAGAAAUCAAUAAAAAUAUUGAUGAUGAUGAUGAUGAUGGUGAUGAUGGUGAUAACAAUUACAAUUUAUGGCUUGGCGGUUAUAAUCAUCUUCAUGAAUCAUUGCAUAAUAAUAAUACUAAUACUACUAAUAAUAGUAAUGUAAAAUCGAUUAAAUUCGGCUUAUUAUUUAUUAUUCCAUUGGAUAAUUUCUCUACUAAAACAUCCAUGCUAUUAGCUUCUUGGCCAAAAAUGUAUAUAUUUAAACAAUAUUUGAAAAAAUUUAUUAAUGACAAUGAUUUUUAUACCAAGCUUUCUGAUUGGCCAAUUCAUUUAUCUCUAUUGAAUAUUGAUAAUGAUGAAGCGGUGAAAAUAAGUAGUCAAGGUUCAAUUGUUUCAUCGUUAUUAAUAACUUGUUUAACAUAUUUUGGUGAAUUACGAAUAUAUAGAUCAAAUAUUCAAAAUGCUUCAAAGUAUAAUUGUCUGUUAAAAUUCAAACUAUCACAGCAUUAUUCCACAUUGUAUGGAAAUUCUUUUCAACCAGUUCCUAUCAUACAACAAAUUGGUUGUUGUAUCAUACAUCAUUGUAAAGAGAAUAAAAUCAAUAAUAAUUCAAAUUGUCACUCAUCGUCAUCAUCAUCAUCAACAGCAGCAUUAUUUAUCCUAUGCUUAUUAGAUUCACAAAUUUGUAUUGUAAAAAUUCAUAUUUCUUCUAAUUUCAUAUUGAAAUUUGAACGAGUUGUUUUAAUGAGUGCAGAACAACAAAAACCUAUAUAUACAGGUGUUAUUCUUCCGGAAAUUUGUGGUUCUCAUGUUUGGCUUAGUCAAAAUGACGGUAAAUUACUAUGUUAUACAUGGGAUGAUUCAGAGUUUGGGAUUCACUCUUCUUCCACCACCACCUCAUCGACAUCAUCAUCAUCACCAAGUUGUCUAAAGCUUCAUUCCUAUUGGUUUGUUCCUUCAUUGUUCAAUUCAAAAUCGCCUGUAGUCACUCAUUUUUUGAUUGGAAAUUCAAUAGGAACCGAUAAUCGCCAAGAAUGUUUGUCCAGCGAAGUUGAUCAAAGUGAACAUGUUUGUGUUUGGACAUAUCUGGAACCAGAUGGAAAACUUGACUGUUGGUCAGCUAUUUCACAAACUCUAUUGAAAAGUAUCAGUUUAACAUAUCAAUUGGAUAGUUUUCUAUACACAAAGAAACUUCCAGCAUUCGAAAUCAUUGGAUCAGUUAGUACAAUGAAUUGGCUUUAUUUAUCAUCAAAUAUACUUUUACUAACAACUCAUGGUUAUUUAAUUCAUAUUAAUUUAAUAAAAUGUACCCAAAAUGUGAAUUCAUCUAUUAGUGAACAUUCAACUACAACUUAUGCCUCAUAUACACCGAUGACAGCCACAACAACCACAACACAAAGUCGUUCUCCAUCUCCACUGCUGUCGUCGUCGUCGUCGCCAUCUCCAUCAUCAUCAUCAUCAUCAAAAUCAUCAUGUCAGCUACUUCAUUAUCAUGGAACAUGUUCAAGUAAUAAAGAUUUCUCUUUGAUUAUUCCAUUGACACAGUCAACAAUGUCAUCUCAGGCAAUCAAAGAGAAUAUCCCCAAAUGUAUUUUAACUAUCAAUAAAGGUUAUAUAAACCCGCUGAAUUGUAUCACCACUCAUCAUUGUCACUCUACUUCUAUUAUUGAUUCUACAUCGUUCAGAAAAGAUUUCACUGAGACAACGACGAGGACGAGGAUGACGACGAUGUACGACACCAGUAAUAUCGAUGAUCAAGAGAAAUUUUAUUUAGUUAAAUUAUUUUGUGAUCAAUUUUUAUUUCCACAAUGAAUUGUUUGUUUUUUUGUCAAUCGAGUUUUAUUAAAAGCAUUUCUUCUUGUUUUGAUCAAUGUUCAAUUAUUAUUCUCUACACUACAAUUAUUUCCCCGAAAAUUCAUGAGCUACAUUUGACUGGCUGGCGCAUUCACAUUCACAUUUCCACUAGUUAGCAGACAUAAUGUGUGUGUGUGUGCGUGUAUGUGUGUGGUCAGAUUAGCUGAUUUUACUACGAUGAUCUUCUUUGUAUGCACACAAUGUUUGUAGUGUGUGUAUUUUAUUUUCUAAUCUUAUUUAUUGUCUAUGAUGUUUUUUUUAAUUUUUUUUUUCAAAAACUUUCUUUAUAUAUAUUUUUUAAACAUUACUGUGAUAAUAUUUGUAUAAAAAUUUAGAGAUCAUUUGAAUAUAUUGAAUAAGAUGAAUUUUA